GGGUGGCUCGUACCUCAACCGAGGAUUGCCGAUUGGUUUAAUCCGGUUCCGGUUUAAAAAUGUCAGAUUAUGAUGCAGUGCAGAAGGGCUCCCUGAAACUAAAGGGUGUUUCUAAUCAUGCAAUUAAAAAAAAGAAAAAGAAAAAGAGCAAAGAUAGAGAUACAAAGAAAGUAUUUGAGCAGAUUUCUUCACAUUCAAAGAAUGCAGAUGAAGACACACCACAGCAUGAAGUGCGAGAUAUAAGAACCAAGGCUGAGAUAGCCGCUGAUAAAGCCCGAGAGAAGAGGAAAGCAGCAGAGAUUAUUGAAAAGGCCAGCAAGACUCACAAGGAAAGAAUAAUGGAAUUUAAUGGACAACUGGACAACCUAACGGAACAUUUUGACAUUCCCAAAGUCAGCUGGACAAAAUAAAGACCUCCCAAUUUCUGCCAUGUCAUAGUACAAUGUGAAGUUACAACAAAACUUCUUCUGUUUUGGAUUCUUUGAAAGACAUACAAUUUUGUUUAUGAACACAUUAGCAAUGCUGAAACUGGAAGUGACCAUUUGAAUUUUGUCUCUAUAGGUGUUAUUUAUGUUUACUUAGGUGUCCUAGGUGAGUUACAACAUUUCACAAAAAAAUUGCUACAGUUUGAGCUUUGAGGCAAUUGUGAGCAUUUCUGUGUUUAAAUAGUGAUUCCUGGAGGAUAUGCAUAUAUGGAAAUUCAAUUCUACAUGUGCUUUGACUAGUUGUAUCUCCCCGGUACAUCGAUCUGAAUGAUCCAUUUAUAUGUGCUGUGUCGAUUUACUGGACUUUUUUUCUUUUUAAAGUGUAUUUUUUAUUCAGUCAAAUAAAGAGAAAAAAAGUA